UCGCGGGUUGCAUUGCAUCGGUCGGUCUCGGUCGCUGCCGUCCCUGUGCUUGGAGUAGACACGAGCCGGUGACGCGCAUAUCGUCUUCUGCUCGAGAUCGAUCGAUCGAUCGCUUGGUUGGUUGCUGCGACUGCGAGGGAGGCCGCGGGUGGUGAGGAGGAUUGUGCAAAAAAAAUGGGGCGCGCGCCGUGCUGCGACAAGGCGAGCGUGAAGCGGGGGCCGUGGUCGCCGGAGGAGGACGAGCAGCUGCGGAGCUACGUCCAGAGCCACGGCAUCGGCGGCAACUGGAUCGCGCUCCCGCAGAAAGCAGGGCUCAACCGCUGCGGCAAGAGCUGCAGGCUCCGGUGGCUCAACUACCUGAGGCCGGACAUCAAGCACGGCGGCUACACCGAGCAGGAGGACCACAUCAUCUGCUCGCUCUACAACUCGAUUGGAAGCAGGUGGUCCAUCAUCGCGUCGAAGCUCCCCGGCCGGACUGACAACGACGUCAAGAACUACUGGAACACCAAGCUCAAGAAGAAAGCCAUGGGCGCCGUGCAGCCGCGCGCCGCCGCCUCGGCGCCGAGCCAAUGCACGUCGUCAGCGAUGGCGCCGGCGCUCUCGCCGGCCUCCUCGUCCGUCACCAGCUCGAGCGGCGACGCCUGCUUCGCCGCCGCCGCCACCACCACCACCACCAUGUACCCGCCACCGACGACGCCGCCGCAGCAGCAGUUCAUCCGCUUCGACGCACCACCCGCGGCGGCGGCGGCGGCAUCCCCGACCGACCUCGCGCCCGUGCCACCACCGGCCACCGUCACGGCGGACGGCGACGGCGGCUGGGCGUCCGACGCCUUGUCCCUCGACGACGUGUUCCUCGGCGAGCUCACGGCCGGCGAGCCGCUGUUCCCUUACGCCGAGCUGUUCAGCGGCUUCGCCGGCGCGGCGCCGGACAGCAAGGCCACCUUGGAGCUCUCGGCGUGCUACUUCCCGAACAUGGCGGAGAUGUGGGCGGCCUCCGACCACGCCUACGCCAAGCCACAGGGUCUCUGCAACACCCUGACAUAGGAGGACACGCUAAAACCUCCAUUGAAUUCUUGCGUAGCUGCGAACGCAACGGCGAUCGAUCGAUGCGUCGCCACUUGCUACUAGCAUAAUUCUUGCUCUCUUUUUUUUUUCAAUUUUUUUCUCUUCUUCGAGUGGCCCAUUCUCUAGCUGGCGUUUUCUCGUGUAUUAUGAGUGAUCGAUUAUUACAUGUAAAUUAAUCCAUAGAUGUAUCUGCACUGAUCCAAAUUCUCCAGCGAUUACGCUUGUCA